GUUACAACCGUGGGGGAAGAGCUGCUUCACAACACUCGACUUACGAAGGACGAGGAAGCAUUUGUAAAGAUUAUGGAAAAUUUGGGACUGCCUUAUCCCAAAAUGAUCGAUGUAGCCGUUCCAGCAAACAUGGUCUGUGGCCUUCAGGAAGCGAAUGCCGCGACAGCUUGAUACCGCGUCAAAAAACCUCGGAGAAGUCCAACACCAUAAACGCCAAACAUACACUCCCAGUAAUUUUCUUUCGUCGAUUUCUAUCACCACCAAGGCCAACGUCGACUACGAGAAGAUCGUCCGCGACACCUGCCGGGAGAUUGGAUUCACCUCCGACUCCGUGGGCCUCGACGCGGAUCACUGCAAGGUUCUCGUCAACAUCGAGCAGCAGUCCCCCGACAUCGCCCAGGGAGUCCACGGCCUCGGCACGAAGAAGCCCGAAGAGAUCGGCGCUGGCGACCAGGGACACAUGUUUGGCUACGCCACCGACGAGACCGAGGAGCUGAUGCCGCUAAGUCACGUCCUCGCGACCAAGCUCGGCGCUAAGCUCACCGAGGUCCGCAAGAAUGGGACUUGCAGCUGGCUGAGGCCGGAUGGAAAGACCCAAGUCACCGUAGAGUAUCGCAACGAAGGUGGCGCUAUGGUCCCCAUCCGCGUCCACACCGUGCUCAUCUCCACCCAGCACGACGAGACCGUCACCAACGAUCAGAUCGCCGCCGACUUGCGGGAGUUUGUGAUCAAGCCCGUGAUCCCCGAGCAGUAUCUCGACGAGAACACCAUCUUCCACCUCAACCCGUCCGGGAGGUUCGUCAUCGGGGGUCCUCACGGCGAUGCGGGGCUCACUGGCAGGAAGAUCAUCAUCGACACCUACGGCGGCUGGGGAGCUCACGGCGGCGGAGCUUUCUCUGGGAAGGAUCCGACCAAGGUGGAUCGGAGCGGAGCUUAUAUCGUGAGGCAAGCUGCCAAGAGCGUGGUGGCGGCGGGGCUGGCUCGCCGAUGCAUCGUCCAGGUUUCUUACGCGAUUGGAGUCCCAGAGCCGCUGUCGGUGUUCGUGGAUAGCUACGGGACUGGGAAGAUCCCCGACGCGGAGAUACUGGAGAUCAUCAAAAACAACUUCGACUUCCGCCCGGGGAUGAUUGCCAUCCAUCUGGAUUUGAAGCGCGGAUCGAACAAGCGCUACCUCAAGACCGCUGCGUACGGGCAUUUUGGUCGCGACGAUCCGGAUUUUACUUGGGAGACGGUCAAGCCUCUCAAGUCCGAGAAGACUGCUGCUAGCGACAUCCAUGGAGUACUCGAUGCUCAUCGCCUUCUUCUGGUCGGUGGUGGGCGUCGCAGCCUUCUUCAAAUUCCUAAUUCCUCCCGAUUUCUAUCUCUUCUUCGAGCAUCUCCAGCGCAAGAUCAUCACCCGCUGGUCACUCUACCACACCAUUACGAUUACCCAGAGAGAUCGAGAAAUCCAGCUGCGACAAGGAACAUCUAUGACUGGUGGGAGUCCAUUCCUCUCAAUCCGCCAGCCACAUUCGACACAAUUGGCAUGGAUCCGGAUUACAAAGCGCUGCUCAUGGGCGAUCUCGCGAAAUUCACGAAAGGCAAGGAUUUCUAUGCCUCGGUGGGACGAGCAUGGAAGAGGGGGUAUUUGCUCUACGGCCCCCCUGGAACCGGGAAAUCCAGCCUGAUUGGAGCCAUGUCGAAUUUCACUGGCUAUGACGUCUAUGAUCUGGAGCUCACCAAGGUCCAAAACAACCAGAAUCUCUGGCAGCUGCUGAUUCACAUCAAGGAGCGCGCGAUUGUCGUGGUGGAUGACAUCGAUUGCUCCAUUCCAAUCGAGAAUCGCGAAGAAGACAAUGCCCAGGUCCGAAAGUGGAGGACAAUGCUCGUUCGCGGCGUUUCGAUCGCUGGCGGCGACCUAUCUCAAGAUCGAGGAUCACGAGCUCUACCCGGCGAUCGAAUGCCUCCUCGAGAGCAUGAAGAUAACCCCCGCCUCCGCCGUGGAGGCGCUGGUCCGGCAUGGCGAGGAUCCCACCGCCGCGCUAGAGAAUGUGAUCGCGAGAUCAAGCCCGUGAUCCCCGGAUCUUCCACCUCAAUCUCUACGCCAUCGGAGUUUUCAGUGUUCUUGGAUGACUCUGGAAAACAACUUCGACUUUUGCCCAGGGAUGAUCGCCAUCAAUCUGGAUGCGGUGUGGAUCUAGAACGUCAUAUCCUGCGCUUGGUGCCUUCGAUGGGUUCGAUUGGCGGGAGGAGGGGAUCGCUGGUCGUGGCGGCGGCGAAGAUCCGCGAGAUCCUCAUGCCGAAGCUCAGCGCCACCAUGACCGAGGGCAAGGUCGUCGAGUGGACGAAGGCCGAAGGCGACAAGGUCAAGAAAGGGGAUAUCGUCGCGGUUGUGGAGUCGGACAAGGCGGACAUGGAUGUGGAAGUGUUCUACGAUGGAUAUUUGGCUCGCAUUGUGGUGGAAAGUGGCAGUUCUGCGGCGAUCAACGAGUUGAUCGCGUUGCUCGCAGAGAACGAGGAGGAUAUUGCCGAGGCGAGGAGCAAAUCGAUUGGAUUGUCAUCUCCAGCGCCAGCUGUGGAAGCUCCUAAAGUCGAAUUUCCCGACGCGCUUCCAGAGGUGGUGGCGGAGGAGAAAUCUCUCGUCGCAACUCCUCAUGCAAAGAAGUUGGCCAAACAAUACAAGGCCGACCUCUCCAAGAUCUCCGGAACUGGGCCGCAUGGACGGAUCGUCCCAGCUGACGUCGAGGUAUUUGCUGGAAAGCCAUUGACGAGCCUGGGCAUGGCAGAUCCAUCUCCAUCUUCGGGAAAAGCUGAAGCUCCUCCUCGAACGGAUUCCACCGUGCCUUUCACUGGCAUGCAGGCAGCAGUGUCCAAAAACAUGGUGGAGAGUUUGUCCGUGCCAACUUUCCGGGUCGGGUGUUCCAUCUCGACAACUGGGAUUGAUGCUCUCUACAGAAAGAUAAAAUCCAAGGGGGUCACCAUGUCAGUUCUUUUGGCAAAAGCAGCAGCUUUGGCGCUUGCCCGGCAUCCUGUCGUAAACGCAAGUUGCAAGGAAGGCAAGAGUUUCUGUCACAACAGCAACAUCAACAUCGCUGUUGCCGUGGCUAUUCAUGGAGGCCUUAUAACUCCAGUGCUCCAGAAUGCGGACAAGGCUGAUGUCUACACCCUUGCUCGAAAGUGGAAGGAGCUUGUGGACAAGGCUCGUGCCAAACAGCUGCAACCCCAGGAGUACACCACAGGAACUUUUACAAUAUCAAACCUGGGGAUGUUUGGCGUGGAUCGAUUUGACGCUAUACUUCCACCUGGCCAAGGCGCGAUUAUGGCUGUUGGUGCAGCCAAACCAACUGUUGUGGCAAGCGAGGGUCGCGUGUUUAGUGUUAAGAACCAGAUGCAGGUGAAUGUGACUGCGGAUCAUCGGAUUCUCUAUGGCGCGGACUUGGCAUCGUUCCUGGAUACAUUCGCCAAAAUCGUUGAGAACGCAAUGGAGCUGACGCUGUGA